AUGUCCGACCGCAACACAACAAUGACUUUUCAAGACAUAGAAGACCCUCACAAUACUCGUAAGGCGAGCAAUGAAACAAGCCUCAUCGUGCCGGAAAAACUCUUGAGCGACGAAGUGACGCAUCUUGUGAUGCAGAUCCUGAUGUUUUACGCCACGCCUGUCAUCUCAGUUCUAGGAAUCACCGGCAACGUAUUCAGCACAAUCAUCCUUCUGAAGCACGGACUCCACAAAUGUUCUAACAUCCUCCUCUUUUGCUUGGCCAUAAGCGACACAGCCUUUCUUAUUGCUUUCAGCAGCGUGCCCAAGAUUCUGUACGAAGUCACUGGUGUGCCCAUGGCGUGGGCAUACAACGAACAAGCAGCCCAUGUGGCCUACGUGUUCUUCACCUUUUUCCACAUCGUGGAUUACGCAGCGGGUCUCAGUUCCCUAGCCAUCCCAAUGUUGAUAACUAUGGAAAGACUUGUUGCCGUUUUUCUGCCGAUGAGGUUUUCCGAAAUUGUGACGCCAUUUCGGACUUGGAGUGCUGUGGCAAUUGUCUACACGUUCUGGUUCAUGGUAUACAUUUACACUUCGUUUUGGUUUAAAUUCCUGUACGAAUUUGAUCCCAAGCUGAAUAUUUCUGUGGGAUUAAUAGGUCGGUCUGACCGUUUUUAUCAAGAAUUAGACCUGAGUGCAGCUUUGGAUGAAGUGAUAAGGUACCUCACAUUGAUUAUCCCGCCAAGCUUUACUCUUGUUGGGUGUAUUUUUAUCGCCGUGAAGAUCAAACUAGCAUCUAUCAAGAGACAGAAAAUGACAACAACGAAGGAAACGAAGUCGAACCGCACAAGCAAGAUGCUGUUGGCUGUGUGUGCAUUGUAUACAGUCACCUGCGGGAUGCUCUCUCUGCCCACCUACCUGCCCGAGUACGGCUACUACACCAUGACCGGGGACGCACCCAACAACAUUGGCAGAAUCGGUUACCAGGUUGUCAGCAUGGCAGUGUGCGUAAACAGUUCCUGUAACUUCAUCGUGUAUGUCGGAAUGAACAAAAAUUUCAGAGACACUUGGAAGUCUUUAUUUACUGGCUGCCGCUGUAAAAAAAUAGUGACAUAG